AUUGCGGACGCGCCGGGAUGGUCUUGGAACCUGAUUUGGGUAUACCCCAGGUUCCCGGGGCCUCGAAAUAAAGCACCACAUAUAACCUACCUGGACUGGUUAUGUGUUUGUCUCUACGCUAACAGUUUUGGCGACCCAGAUGGGACCUCGUGGGCAUUGCUGAGGCGGCCUGCAUCGAUCUCGCUCCAGCCGGCACCGAGUGAUUCUCGGGGAGCCAUCGACCGCAGCCGACCUCCGCUGCCCCCGACGGACCUGGGCUAUCGUAGGAAACUCUUCGCUUUUGAAUGGGAGAACCCGCACAAUGGACGAAAAAAGCAGUUGACAUGGACAAGGCUUCCACAGGGAUUCAAGAACAGUCCAACGCUUUUUGGGAACCAGCUGGCAAAAGAAUUGGAAUCAUGGACAAUGCAGGAGAAAUUUCAGUUACCCAAACAGGUGGCGAUCAUGCACUGUAAGGCACAUCAAGGAGGAGAUUCCAAAAUAGCUGAAGGGAAUGCGUUAGCAGACCGGACAGCUCGACGGAUUGCACGACAGGUAUCAAAUAUGAUGGCCUUAAUACCCACGAAGAACUCUGACGCGACUACGAAGUGCCCUGAUCUGGAACCGUCCGUUAUCAUUAGAAAAUCCAGUACACGAAAUUGAGCCAGGAGACCAGGUCUACGUUCGAGAUUGGAAUGAAGAACCACUGAAAGAACGGUGGAAUGGACCAUACUUGGUACUACUAACAACAUUUACUGCGGUAAAAGUAAAAGGAAUAGACUCUUGGAUUCAUUAUACCCGAGUG